AUGUCUAAUAGUAGAGCUCAGAUUUAUCCGAGUCCUAAAGAGCCUGAAUCGGAGACAUUUUGGCUCUCUUCAAGGAAUAGUCAGUUUUUAGAUAAUAGAAACUCAAGUGGGCUGACUCUGCUUAGAAAAUUAAAAACGCAUGAUGAAGAUGCACAAUAUGAAUUUAGUUACCAUUGGAAUCAGUUUGCAAUUGCUUUAUCAAUACAUCUUAUACAUAUUUUGCUUGGCCCUCUCAGUUUACCUAUACUUCAUAAGGUCUUUGGCUCAAGUCUCUGUAUAAAUAUGGCAUUCGCAAGAACAGUGACUUAUUUAGUUGAAUUUACCACAUUUACAUGCACAGCAAUGACUGUCAUUUUCUGUAUCUACUAUCAAGAGCUAGCUUACCAGUGGAUUGGGCUUAUUGUUUCAAGUUUAGCUAUAAUUUUUCUUAAAACUGCACUGAUUUCAAUUAAGUAUGGCUACUACUCCGAAAAAAAAUGAAAGCAUUUAAAUAAAGGCAUAAUUGACACAAAAGAAAUCCGCUCAGAGUUUCUCAUACUUUCUUGGCUUCACAUUCCUGAAGAAGUUCUUGACACUGAGAUUCAUAUGAGUUUAAGAAGGCAAAGCAAAAAUGCCUCAGAGCUUUGUUUUCUCUUUGAAGCUCCUUUAGAAGACUCAUGCCAUAAAGCAUUCACAGACUUAAAAAUUAAAUUGGGUAUUGAAAUUAACCAUGAAAAUAAUUCCCAUGAAGACGGAAACCAAUGCUACCCUUUUAUAGUUUUCGCAAGACAACUGAUACAGAAAGCUGACUCAAGGGCACAUAUUAGUAGAGAAGGCAAAUUAAUUUUGUUAUCAGCUAUAAUCUAUGCGAGUUUGCCUUUUAUUACAAAAUAUUGGAUUUAUGGGAAUUUUUCUGGAGAUAUGAACGGUCUUUUAAUUGCUAUUGCAGUUUUAAACACAAUAGAAACCAUUUUUGAGGGCUGGAGGUUUCUCAUGUUUAUUUAUGUUGGUGUGGUAGAUUUUAAAAGGAAAAGAACCUUAAUUGAUGAGUGCACUGCCCUCAUCAGCGACCUUGACAUUAAAGGUACUUCUGUUUUUGACCAUAAUAUACCAAAUGCCGAUAUGUAUGAUUUAAGGACUAUAGAUGCUUGGUACACCUUAAGAGUUGUUUUUUUAGAUUUCGGUAGAAAAUAUACAUAUAGAAUAUUUGCUUAUUCCUCAUUGGUAUUUCCUUUAACUUUUGUUAUGAUUGCGCUGUUUUUAUUACAAACAGGUGGAGUAUUGGGAGGAGCUUCUAAUGGUGCACUAAUUUCGCUGUUAUUUUUAACAGUUAUUUGCUUGAUUCUUAUUAUUUAUAUGAUUUUUUCGGGCAUUGCCCUGAAUCAGGCAUUUAGUGUGCAUAGGGAUUUAGUGCUAAAUAUUAUUGGGCAUAUAAUGAAAAAUAAUGACUAUAAAGACCCUAAUAGCGACUGUAAGGCAUCUGUUAAGUUGCUUCAGUUUGUGGUUCAAAAAAUUGAGCAGGACGAAAUAUUAAGGCCAGUUAAGAUAAUGGGAAUAAAGCUUGACUCAAUUAUGCUUGCUAAGAUUGCCACUAUAUUACUUACCCUCUCCGUGAGAAGGAUUUUUUAAAAUUUCGUGAAAAAAGUUAGGAUUUUAUUGAAUAUUUAUCAAUUAUAUUGGAUUAUUUGGAAUUUUUGAUAAAAAAUUAAAGUAUUUGAAAGCUAGUCAAGUAUAAAAGAUAUUAUUUUACAGAAUUAUGAAUUAGGAAGUCUUUAUUAACUAAUUAAAUCAAAAUUUAUUAUAAAACACUGUUAGAACAAGUCAAAGCAAUUUUAUCCGUCCCAAAAUGUUGGGGUUAGUAGUCUUUUAGCAAUGACACAGAUGUAUUUUAAAAAUAAAAUUUAA